AUGAAGAACGGAUGCUAUCUCGUGAGGUUUCGUGAUCAGCGAGACUAUGACCUUGCCUCCACAAGUGGACCAUGGCUGUUGGGGGAUAUAUAUUUAGCAGUCCAUCGAUGGUUCAAGGGUUUUAAUCCCUGGAAGUCGGAGAUUAAAUCAACCAUAGUCUGGGUCCAGCUACCAGAGCUUCCCAUUGAAUUUGUUAAUGUCGAAGCGGUGAUGAGGAUCGGAGGUCUCAUUGGGACACCAAUUAAGGUUGAUCAAGCUAUAGAGUUAGGAGCAAGAGCAAAGUUUGCUCGGGUUUGCGUAGAAGUGGACCUAACCAAACGGCUCUUGUCCCAGUACAAGGUGGAAGGGAUUACGUAUCUAAUUCAGUACGAGGGAUUGGAUAACACAUGCGGGGAGUGUGGCAUGUAUGGGAAAUCGACUGCUAAGUGUACAUGUCAGAUCAUGACCUCGGAUAUUAAUGCGGAAGAGUGUGAGCAGGUCCCGGAGACCCAGCAGCCGGAUCCCACGAAUGGUAGAAUCUAUAGGGAGUGGAUGUCGGUGAUGCGACGUAACAGGAGGCAACAACGGAGACCUGACAAUGGAAGUGGACAUAAUGCAAUUCACGUGAAUAAUGAGGUUCAUGCUUUACAUGAGGAAAUGCAGGAGGAGGUGAUAGCUAUGCAUGCAACGUCAGAAGAGGGAGGGGAGAAAGAGGCUGGCAAAGGUAAUGGGAUGGCGAAUGGGAAGGAGGGGGACAAAGUAGGUAAAAAAUUGGGGAAGUCACAUGCCACGAAGGAGAAGGAGAUGCUAAAACAGAAGGGAGGAGAAAGGCAGAAGGUCGAUGAUGGUCUAAGGAAUGGUAGGUCCCAGGGGAAGAAAGGGGGGAAACAACCGCCCGAAGUGGUGACAGGAGUGAGUCCGGGUGGAGGGGCGAAUGCUGGGAGAGAUAAGGACCGAAUAAGCAAAAGGAGGGUGGCAGAGGGUCUAAAAGUGCCCAAUCUGAACCGAGUAAACAAUAAGGAGUACACGGAGGCAAUACUCAUACUCGUCAAAUAA